GUUAUGGGGUCCUCGCUAGCAGGACUUCCGGGUCCACGUAGUGAGCAUCUUUCUGAGACUCUGUGGCGGAUUAUGACAGAUUAUGACAUUUCGCUGUGUUUAUUCUAAACAUUUCUCUGUCUCCUGUCCACCCGUCAGACCUCGGCGAUAGCUUUCGGGGACUCACUCGGAAUUUAAAUCGGAUGCAAAAUGUCUUGGUUCGCUGACUUGGCUGGAAAGGCUGAAGACUUUCUGAAUAAGGUCGACCAAGGAGCAGCGACUGCCCUGAGCAAAAGUCAGGAGAGAACAUCCUCAUUCUCAGCGUCCUUUGAAGGAGAAACCAUCGACACCAAGUACGACCCUGCAGGGUACACGACCAGUCCCGCUGUGACACAUCAUACCUACACAUCCUCCCACGAUGCACCGAGUUUCAUCUCUGCUGCAGCCGGAAACAUCAAGAAGUCCAAUGCAACCCUCCUGGCUGGGACGGCCAACGUGCCCAGUGCUCCCCCUGCUUCUGUCAGCAACGCUCCCAGCUCCAUCAAACACUCCACCAGCUUCGUGAGGCCCAGAAAGAGCGAGCAGGACGUGGACGACGACAUGCUGUUCGACUUCCUGAACAGCUCGGAGCCGCCCGUCAGCAGCAGGAGGGAUUCGAGAAAAGAAGCUGUGAAAGUGGUAGUUCCAGUGACAGAGGCUGAAGACCCGACUCCCCCUCCUUCUACAACCCCACUCUUGGCCUCGUCUGCCCCCUCCACGCCCCGAUCCACCCGUGGCGUCUCCAGGGCCUCCAGCAUGAGCUCUCUGUCUGCUCACAGCGUCAAAACCUCCGAGGACAGCUCCGCUAAAGAGCAAAGCCAAGACACGCCUGAGAGUUCGGACUCGGGCUUGGCUGCGCCUCCGGAUCCCGUCCGGCAGGCGACGCCUCCUCCUGCCGAGGAGCCGCAGAGCCAGGUUCUGUCCAGCCUGCGUCUGGAGAACCAGCUGCUGCGCAGCGAGGUGGCCUCCCUCAACCAGGAGAUGGCUUCAGUCAUCCAGAGAGCCAAAGACCUGCAGGACGAACUGAACCAGGCGCGUCUCCGAGCAGACCGGUGGAACUCGGAGCAGUCCCACACGGACCGCACAUUACGGGAGCUCCGCUCGCAGGUCGACGAUCUCACAGAAGCUCUUUCUGCCAAAGACGGCCAACUCGCCGUCCUAAAAAUCCGACUCGAUGAAGCCGAUCAGCUCGUAACGUCCCGCAGCGCCGCGUUAGAGGAGGUUCAGAAGGAAAAGUCCAGAAUUCUACAGGACCACACAGAAGGGAGCAGCAUGCAUUCACAGGCUCUGGAAACGAUACAGGAGAGGCUGCGAGAGGCUGAGCUGUCUCUGAGGAGGGAGCAGGACAACUACCGGCAGAUGCAGAGUGAAUACAACGGCCGCCUGUCCAAACUGGAGGCUGAGAGGCAGACGCUUGCAGAGACGGUGAGCGCGGCCGAGCGCCGGGCGGCAGACGAGAAGCUCCGCGUCGACGACUUCCAGCAGCAAGUGAAAAGCGCCAAAGCUGCAGCCGACUCCGCCAAGCAAGAGUUGCAGGACUACAAGCACAAAGCUUCACGCAUCCUACAAUCCAAAGAGAAGCUGAUCAGCAGCCUGAAGGAAGGAUCCGGUCUGGACACGCUGGACGGCAGCGGCGCCUUGGCUCUGGAGCUGGAGGAGCUGCGCCAUGAGAAGGAGAUGCAGAGGGAGGAGAUCCAAAAACUGCAGGGCCAAGUGAGCAACCUGAGGACCGAAAUACAGGAUUUGGAGAAUCAGGCGAUGGCGGAGGCCGAGACAUGGCGGGAACAGCAGGUGCAGCUCCAAGAGCAACAGGCGGCGCAGAACAGAGCCAAGCAGGAGGUGGAGGCUGAGGUGGAGCGCUACAAACAGGAGCUUCAGUACAUUGAAGAGGAGCACCAUCGAGCCAAAACGACCCUGCAGAGUCGAAUCAAAGACAGGGAAGAUGAAAUCCAAAAACUCAGGAACCAGUUGACCAAUAAGACCCUGAGCAGCAGCAGCCAGACGGAGCUGGAGAAUCGACUCCACCAGCUGACGGAGACGCUGAUCCAGAAGCAGACCAUGCUGGAGGCUCUGGGCACAGAGAAGAGCUCGCUGGUCUUCCAGCUGGAGCGUCUGGAGCAGCAGCUGAAGAGCGUUCAGGGGGGGCAGAGCGGGGGGCCGGCCAUCAACAUGAGCGGCCUGGACGGACCAGGGGCACGACAAAGAAACACACCAGUGCUCUUCAGUGAUCAAGAUGCUCCUGGAGUAUACGGCAAAGUACGUAAAGCAGCGAGCACUAUCGACCGUUUCAGCAUCAGACUGGGGGUCUUCCUCAGGCGUUACCCGAUGGCCAGAGUUUUUGUGAUUGUGUACAUGGCAGUGCUACAUCUGUGGGUCAUGAUUGUUCUUCUGACUUACUCACCAGAAAUCCAUGAUCACCCUGAUGGAAGAUAGAAGGCUUAAAUUUAGCAGUUGGGUGAUAAAAGACGGUUUAAAUGACCUUCAUUGUAAGGAAGCUGCUUGAAUAUGGGCUGUGGGACCUCGCUCUCCCUGUUUUGCACAGAUACAAUAGAACUGAAGAUGUUUCCACGAAUUUCCUCAAUGAUGUUUCCAAGUGAAGAUUAAAUGGAGACAUCUGCAUUGAGUUUUAAAAUAUUUAAAGAGGGAUUUAUUGUGUUGGUAUUCUCCUGAAAGGACUUCAAUUAAAGUGAUCUGACAUCUGCUCUUCUCAUCACCUGCUUUCAGAACUCGGAGAUUGUAUUUAACACUAUAUAAAGAAACAAAUCUUUUAAUAAAGAAACUAGGAGGAACGA